GCGGACGGCGGCGCGAACGCCCCGACGCACGUCGGCGACGCCGCGAUGCUCGUGAACCAAGUCAACGACGAGGUCAUGAAACUCGUGCAGCGGCAGUCGGUGCCGUCGUCCAAGUUUUUGGCGCUCGCGUAUCAAAUCUGCGGCCGGCUGGGGACGGCGCCGUCGGAGGGGAACGAGUUCCCCACCGUGCUGCGCGCGCUCGUGGAUCGAAUGACGUCGGACCAUCCGUACCACACGCUGUACCACGUCCACGCGCUGUUUCGCGGGGAUCAAGUCGGAGGAAGCGGCACGAACGUCACGAUGCCGCGGGAGAAGAUCAACGCCGCCGCGGACGUGUUGCGCGCGUUUCGAAAGAAAUCCAAUCACCACGCGAACGUCGUGAAGCAGAUGGACCGCAUGAUCGAGGCGUACAUCGCCCUCGCGCGGCACUCCGUGGAGCCCGGGAGGUCCGGCGGCUCCCAAGGCGGCGGCGGCGCGAGCGGGUUCCCGAUACCGUCCGCGUGCAAGAAGCGGUCGCUGUCGAAUUUACAUCUCGUCCCCGUGAUCACCGCGUCGAUGCCGAUCGAUCCCACCCUCACGUACAAGGAAGGGACGUUUCCGCACUUUGUAAACUUCGGCGACACGUGUAAGCUCGUCGGCGGAAUCAACCAGCCGAAGCUCGUGGAAGCCCUCGGGAGCGACGGGCGCGUGUACAAGCAGCUCGCGAAAGCCGGGAACGACGACUUGCGGCAAGACGCCGUCAUGCAGCAGCUGUUCGGCGUCGUGAACCGACUCCUCGCCGACGACGGGGCCACCCGCGCGCGGCGUCUGAGGGUCGGGACGUACCGCGUCGUGCCGUUCACGCCCGCCGCGGGCGUUCUCGAGUGGGUUGACAACACCGCCCUGCUUUCGGAGUACCUGUUGGGGUCGCAGAGCAGCGUAGGCGGGAUCAAGGGCGCGCACGAGCGGUACCGGCCGCAGGAUUGGAAGAGCCGCGAGUGCCGCGAUAAGCUCGCGGCGUGUCACACGCGGGAGGACCUCAGGGCGACGUUCGACAAGGUGUGCACGAAGUUCAAGCCGGUGAUGCACCACUUCUUUCUCGAGAAUUUCCCGACGCCGCAGCUGUGGUACGAGAAACGGCUCGCGUACACGCGUUCCGUGGCCGUGAACUCCAUGGUCGGCUACGUCAUCGGUCUCGGCGACCGGCACUCGUCGAACAUCCUCAUCGACAAGGAGACCGCGGAGAUGGUGCACAUCGACUUGGGGGUCGCGUUCGAGCAAGGCAAGUGUCUAAAAACGCCCGAACAGGUACCGUUUCGCAUGACCCGCGACGUCGUCGACGGCAUGGGCGCGUGCGGCGUCGAAGGCGUCAUGCGGCGCUGCUGCGAAGAGACCCUGAGGGUGUUGCGCGCGAACAAAGACGCGCUCACGACCAUCGUCGCGGUGUUGAUCCACGACCCGGUGCUCAAGUGGACGGUGUCCCCGGAACGCGCGAAUCAGCGGCAGCGCGACGACGACGACGACGAGAUGCGCGGCGGCCGCGCGUUGAUGCGCGUGUCGCAAAAAUUGGACGGCUACGAGGGGAGCGAACUUCGCAGCGUGGAAGGGCAGGUGCAGCAGCUGCUGCAGGACGCGCAGGAUUUGGAUUACCUGUCGCAGAUGUACGCGGGGUGGGCCGCGUGGGUGUGA